AUGUGGUCGAAGGAUGCACCGAAAUGCCCUGGUAUAGAAACUCCUUAUAUCAUAUCUAUGACAGGUAUCCACAUUUCUGUUGUGCACAAUUUUAAUAAAAGGAGGCAAACGGACGGCGAAAACACCGAGGGAGUCAACGACGGCCAUGGACAUCCGCAAUACCAGACUUUGGUUGCAGUAAAUUGUAAUGUAUUGGUUGCUGAAACAGAAGCAAACGGUGUCUACAACUAUCUUGGCACGAUAGGAAUCGAAGAAGCAGAAAGAAUUAAACAGCUGGAAUAUAAUUUGCCUGGUUCCGUUCAAAGAAUUGUUGGCGGAUUUGAUGUGGUCAGCGCAGUGGUACCUUACCAGGCUGGACUAAUCAUAGACUUAAGUCUUGAAAGACAAGCAAUCUGCGGAGGUGUGAUCAUUGCCUUCAACAGGAUACUAACAGCCGCCCACUGUAACGAUGACGGUGUUAACACCGCCGAGUCUAUCACGGUAGUCGUAGGAUCGGAAUACAUCUUCAUCGGUGGUGUCAGAGAAACUGUGCUCAGUGCUGUCAUGCAUCCAGAAUACGAUCCUAAAACCAUUGCUAAUGAUGUAGCCGUUCUGCGCAUACCAGGAUUACGUUUUGUUUAUAACAUUCAACCAGUCAGUCUACCCACCGGCAAUGAACUAAACCAAACUUACGAAGGUGUGUACGGUCGCGCCUCUGGAUUUGGUAUCAGAAGAGAUGGCGGAAGUAUGCAAUUGUAUCAAUCCCUACACAUGGCCAUACUUCGAGUUAUCUCUAAUGCUGAAUGUAGAUCAGUGUAUGGCGAUGUAGUACAGGACAGUCAUGUCUGCACGAGCGGUGCUGGCAGAAUAGGCAUCUGCAAAGGAGACACAGGCGGACCUCUUGUCGGUACUCUGAUCUCAACUGUUAUUUUCCAGAUUGGCAUCGGAUCCUUUACUUCGAGUCGAGGCUGUCAAGCCGGUGCCCCCUCCGGCUUCACAAGAAUCACUUCUUUCGUUCCUUGGAUUAUGUCUGUUUAA